GGGCGACUCGGACUCGGACCCGCGUCUGUUUAACCAUGCUGGUCCUUGUAAUUGGCGACCUGCACAUCCCACAUCGUAUCCACGACCUUCCCGCAAAAUUCAGAAAACUGCUUGUCCCGGGAAAAAUACAGCAAAUACUAUGUACUGGCAAUGUCUGUGAUAAAGAAACGUAUGACUACCUGCGGACGGUAGCUUCAGAUGUUCAUGUCGUGCGGGGAGAUUAUGAUGAGGAUUCAUCGUUCCCACUUUCUGUAACUGUUGCACACUCACCCAUCAAGAUUGGAGUCAUUCACGGACACCAAUGCAUACCAACGGGGGAUCUUGAUUCGCUCAGCUCUAUCGCGCGACAGAUGGAUGUCGACGUCCUCGUUUCAGGGCACACGCAUACAUUCCAGGCUCUUGAAUAUGAUGGGCGCUUCUUCGUCAACCCUGGAUCAGCUACGGGUGCUUGGACAGGGGCUCUAACUAGCGACCCCACGCCUUCUUUCGCCCUGAUGGAUAUACAAGGGACGGUGGUGGUUACAUAUGUGUACCAGCUGAUCGAGGGCGAGGUCCGCGUUGAGAAGAUCGAGUACAGGAAGGAACCUGAGGCUCUACGAGAAGCGCCUAGAAGCACAGUGAUGCCUCAAAGUAUACCAAGUAGUCCAACACCGCAGCAAGCGCAGAGUGUGUGGUGAAAGUCGUGUAACAUCAUAAUCGUUAAUGUGUAUGCGCCAGCCUUUGCGUUGAUAUUUUUUGCGAGAAACCUGAACUUCAGAGUGCGGUAUUUUGAUUUUGUUAUUAUAUCUGCCACGGCACAUUCAUCAUUACAGAUCAAAUACAUAUGGCAGGGAUUCAUU